AUGCCACCCCCUCCCCCCACAGUCACCCCCUCCCAUGCCCAGGAGGCCCUCAAUUCCGCCGCCAAAGCAGUCGACCGGCUCACAAAUAUCACAACCGUCCUCGGCGUCGUCGCUCAAGGCCUCGGCGCAGGCGGUGGAUGGAUGCCCGGCGUGGGGCUCGCGUGCAAUCUGGUCUGCCAGAUACUGGACAGCGCCGCCCAGGUGGGCGUGGGAAAGAUCUCGGCAUUGAAGCUUGUUGAGAGAUGUGCCCUGGUGGUGGAAGCGGUGGGCAACGCUGUCCAAUCAUGCAAGGGCAAGGUGUCGAACGCCAUGCAGCGAAAUAUCAACGCCUUGGUGGAGCACUUGACUGGCAACGCCCACCUCCUCUCACAAGUAGCCGAACUCUCCUGGUUCCAGCUUUACAUGCACCGCAACAAGACGGAGGGCAACAUUGCCAAGGCCACCACAGACCUCGCCGACUGUCUGCAAGCCCACAUCUCGACCGCGGCCUGGCAAUCGGAAGCCAAGCAUGACUGGAAGGUCGACAUAGACCAUCUCUUGGAUAUCGUCGUCCAGGACAGUGAAGAGAGAAGGAAGCAGAAUGACCAACUGCAAAAGAGCGGCAAGUCUGCUUUCGGCGACCUCCAGGCAACCAUCAACUCCAUGUGCGCCAUGCUCAAAGACAUUCAGCAAGCCGUCAACCCUACCCGUCCCUCUGCUCCCGUCGCCAUCGCGUACAGCGAUACCAUCGAAAUCAAUCGCUCUGGGAGUUACUCUAUGCCGCCCUCUGCGAGCACCGAGGUUGCUCAGCCGUUGAUUCGUAUUGACAAUGAAUGGGAGAGAGAGGCUCUGGAGGAGAUGCUAAGGGAAACUCUUGAGAUGGGAUAUGGCAGUCUCUAG